AUGGUGGUGCGACUGGUCGUCCCACCAGAUAAUUGUUGGUGGCGGGGGUGGUCCAAUUCCAAGCGCUUUUACUGUCACACAAGUCCGGUCAGGCCUCGGAUUUUGGUUUCUUCAACUAGUACCAACAAUGAUUCUGCUGCUGGGGGCUUGCGUGUUUUUGUUGUGUCUGACCUGCACACCGACUACUCCGACAACCUGAGCUGGGUGAGGGAUUUGUCAAAGAAGCGUAAGAAGCCUAACAAUGAUGUCCUCCUCGUUGCCGGCGACGUGGCUGAGACUUGCCAAACUUUCGAGUUAACCAUGUACCUUUUGAAGCACUGUUUCCACCGUGUUCUUUUUGUUCCUGGAAACCACGAUCUUUGGUGCCGCCGGGAGAAUUCUAAUGCUUGCGAUUCUCUUGAAAAGCUGGACAAACUGUUUGACACUUGCCAAAGGAUUGGAGUCGAAACCAAACCGGUGGUGGUUGAUGAUUUAGGAAUUAUUCCUUUGUUCUCAUGGUACCAUGAGAGCUUUGACAAAGAAAUGGACAUAAGUGGCUUUCGCCUUCCGCCUCUGGAGAUGGCAUGUAAAGACUUCCAUGCAUGCAAAUGGCCUGAAGGGAUUAACGAGGCAGAGAACUCUCUUGCGUUGUUCUUUGAUGUUAUGAAUGGCAAGAAUCACGAUUUAGUUGAAGAAAUUAAACGGAAAUGCAGAGUAGUAAUUUCUUUCUCUCAUUUUCUUCCGAGGCAAGAGCUGUGCCCAGAAAAGAGAAUGCUUUUCUACCCUAAGCUUCCCAAAAUAAUUGGCUCCGACUUUCUUGAAUCUCGAUUGAGAUCCAUACAUAGAGAUAAAGGAAGUGCAUAUGCUUGUCAUGUCUUUGGUCAUACUCAUUUCUGCUGGGAUGCUGUGCUAGAUGGUAUCAGGUACGUGCAGGCCCCAUUGGCUUACCCAAGAGAGAGGAAAAGGAGGAUGAAUGGAGGGGAAGACUGGCUGCCUUUUUGCAUCUACCAUAACGGCAAGCUUGCGCCGCGCCUCUCUCCUUGUUACUGGUCUGAUUAUUAUGAUCAUAACCCCCGAGCGCCCGAAUUUACAGAGCUUGCUCCCUGGGUUGCUAGAUUUUAUUCAAGAUCACCAUCUUGA